GGCCCCAGCAGGCACCGGACUGAUGACGUGGUUGGGUCGGUGGAGCAGAGCAGCAGGAUGGCCGACCAGAGCAGGCAAAUCAAACUCGCUGCAGCCAAGAAAAAGCUGAAGGAGUUUCAGCAGAAGAGCUCCCCUGCUAGUGGAGGAGGAGAGAAGGGUGGAGGAGGUGGCGGCGGAGCAGGGGCCAAGAAGAAGAGGAAGGGGAAGGGACUGAACCAGUACGAUGCACCCACAACAGAUAGAAACUCUCCAAUCAACAGCUUUGCUGACGUGGAGCCCAUGGGGUCUUCAGUUCCUCAGCUGCUGGAGGACCCAGGGGGCGAGCCUGGCCGUGGCCCACCUGAGUCUAACGCUGCUGUGCCUAACACUACUAAUAACCCUGAGUUUGUCGGUCACAACGCUGACCUGCAGGACUAUCCUGAUACCAAUGGCAAUGAGAGUUUAACAGAAGAAAAUAGACCACUGUCUUCCACAGAGAGCCUGCGGCAGCUCUCACAGCAGCUGAACGGCCUGGUCUCUGAGUCAUCUUCUGCAUAUGUGAAUGGAGAUUCUGCACCUGCUGUCAAUGAGAGAGAACUGGAGAGUCGGAACCAGGAGCUGGCAGCCUCCCUGGAGUCCAGCAGUCUAACAAACUCGCAGCUCAAUACCCAGCUAGACCAGCUGGCAAAGCAAUCUCAGGAGCUCACAGAUCAGCUACAAAAGGAACGAAAAGAAUUUGAGCAGAGAUUUUCCAAAGAGCAGGGAGCCAUGCGGGAGCAAUUACAGGUUCACAUCCAGACCAUUGGAAUACUGGUAUCAGAGAAAUCAGAGCUACAAACAGCACUACAAUACACACAACACGCUGCACGGCAGAAAACAGGUGAGGCAGAGGAGUUGAACAGCCGUCUGCAGGCAACAAAGCAGAGAGUGUCAGAGCUGGAGCGAACGCUCUCUUCUGUCUCAGCACAGCAGAAACAGUUUGAAAAGCACAAUAAAGAACUUGAAAAGGAGAGAGACAACCUGAGACUAGAGGUGUUUAGAGUAAACAAUGUGAGUGAUGAGUCGAAGCAGCAGACCUCAGAGCUGUCUGAGCAUCUGAAACUGACGUCAAAAGAGAAUGGAGCGAUGAGGCUGGAAGUGGAAGAUCUUCGCAAGAGGCUUGAGAUUGCUGACCUCAUGCUGCAACAGUUCUCCAGUCAGUCAGAUCCAAGCAGUGCCAACCAGCAGGUGCAGUUACUGCUGGAUGAGAAACAGCAGCUGGAGACUCAAAAUCACCAGCUGAUGGAGUCGAUCGGUCAACUGAAGACAGAGAGGGACUGUUAUGCAGAGCAGAUCCAGGAAGAGGGCCGUGUAUGGAAGGACAAAACAGAACAACUACUAACCCAGGUGUCAUUGGUUGCAGAGGAGAGGGACAGAAACAUCAACCGAGUCCAAGAGUUGGAGGCCAGCAUCAUAGAGCUACAAAAUGCUGCAGCGCUACUGUCUAAAGAGAGAGAGCUUCAGGGUAAUGCAGAGACUCCGUCCUCGGGACCGUCAGAGAGUGAGUUGGCUCUGCAAGAGAGCCUCGACAGACUACAACAAGAGAAACAAGCACUGGCUGCACAGUAUCAGGCACAGCUGAGGGACAACGAGCAGCUGAGCCGCAUGUGUGCUGAGCAGGAGACGCGUCUGGGGGAGAUGGAGCGGCAGGUGGAAAGCCAAACCCAGGAGGGAGAGGACCGUCGGCGCAUGUUGGAGGAUGUUCAGUCAGACAAGGCCACUAUUAGCCGUGCUCUCACCCAGAACCGGACACUGAAGGACCAGCUGGCUGAGCUUCAGAACGGUUUUGUCAAACUGACUAAUGAGAACAUGGAGCUGACCACAGCCAUCCAGUCAGAGCAACACGUGAAAAAGGAGCUGGCUCGCAGGAUGGGUGAACUGCAAGAGGGACUGCACAAUGUCAAGGAGCAGCUGGAAUUGAAAAGUCAAGAGACUCAGGGUCUGAUGGAGCAGAGGGAACAGCUGGUGGCUCACCUGCAGCAGUACUGUGCCGGCUACCAGACCGUGGCCACCGAGAGGGAACAGCUCCACCGACAGUAUCUGCACCAGUGCCAGCUCAUGGACCGGCUGCAGCACGAUGAAAGCCAAGGCCGUGUGCAGCUGGAGAUCAGUCACUGUCAGCUCAAAGAAACGCAGGAUCAUUUGGAGCAGUUGGUCAGAGACAAUGAGCAGCUGAAGUCUGAAGUGAAGGAACUUCUCAACGGCUCAGCUCUUGCAUCAUCUCGAGACCAAGGUGAUGGAGUGGAAAGCCAGUCCCUGCAAGAGAGUCCAAAGAUGUCCUCCUCCAUAGUUAUCCCAGAAGACUUUGAUAGCCAGAAAGAGAUGGAGGAGUUUAUUCAUGGAGCUCUGACUCAGUUGGAGGCAGAGAGGGAUGAGGCCAGGAGGCAACUGGAAGAGGAGCACAGGCUCCACAUGGCAGCCCGGCACCAGGCCGCUGUGGCCCUCAGCCUUGAACACCAACACCACAGCCACGAAACUGCUCAUGACCAUAAUCAUGAGCACGAUCACACUCAUAGCCAACAUAGUCACUGUGAACACAGUCACGAGCAUGCAGAAGGAGGAGUUCCAGUUGAAGUUCAUCAGGCCCUGCAGGUUGCCAUGGAGAAGCUUCAGCAGCGUUUCACGUCCCUUAUGCAAGAGAAAGUGGACCUGAAGGAGCGGGUGGAAGAGUUGGAGCAUCGCUGCAUCCAGUUGUCUGGAGAGACCGACACCAUAGGGGAGUACAUAGCCCUGUACCAGAAUCAGCGAGCCAUCAUGAAGCAGAAACAUCAGGAGAAGGAGCAUUACAUCAGCAUGUUGGCCCAGGACAAGGAGGAGAUGAAGGCGAAGCUGGCAGAGCUGCAGGAUCUGGUGAUGAGAUUGGUGGCGGAAAGGAAUGACUGGUAUAGCCGCUACGCUGGAGCUGUAGCCGGCACAAGCACGGUGAAUCCCGACCUUCUUCCUGUUGGGGAAGAUCACGCUCAUCCAGAGCAUCAUGGGCACACGGACAUGGAGAUUAAUGGCGUCGGUGGAGCAGAAGCCAUGGAGGUCGUUCCUCUGUCAGAGCCCACCACAAGCCUGGAAGCCUUCUCCUCCCAGGCGCUUUCGACCAGAGCACCCCAGACCGACUCCAAGCCCCUGGGGCCCAAAGAGGACGGCACAGCGCAACAGAUCAUGCAGCUGCUCCAGGAGAUCCAGAACCCCCAGGGGGCGCUAAGAUCACCCCCCUUCCUCGGGGAGAAUCCCUGCAUCCCCUUCUUCUACCGGCCCGACGAACAGGAUGAAGUCAAGAUCCUGGUGGUGUGAGGUGUGGGUAUGAGAAAGGCGUGAAUGUGUGUGUGAGAGAUAAUGGACAUGUCUUGAAGUAUGGGGAAUAUUAAACACCACAGUUUACCAUGUUUAUAUCUAAUAGAUCAUAUUCACAAACACUUGGGACACCUUACAGAACAGAUCACAGAUAGAGGAAUGUCUCUGACCCAGUUACAAUACAACACCCCCUCUUUGUUCCGCGUGUUGGCACGAUUGUGUGCAUGGUUAAAAAGAAAGUAUUUUCUAUUUGCUUGUUUUUGUUUUUUGUUCAAUAUGCUCUUCCCAGGGAGGAGAUCAGUAUUCCUAAACGCAAUCUGAUUACUCUCAGUACCGCAAUUUUGAAUCCCCAGCCCCUCUCUCGUCCCCCCAUCUUUACACAUAAGUGCAAUAAAGGGGCGGUGUACUCUGUGCCCUCGGCGAUACAGUACUUAAAGAGCUGUUGUGAAUUAGCCGUCUGUUUGUGCAACUUUACUACAAAACUCAGUUUUACACAAUUCACUGUACAAAAGCCAAAAAGAGCAUCCCGUUUGAAUGUAACAGCCUGAACAUUUCCCUGUAUGUUUGUGUAACAUGAAGAGAGGGAGGAGAAGGGUGCAGCACGAUGAUGUGAGAUGUCAGGUGUGGUGGUUGAGUGAGAUUUAGGCAAAGUCAACAAUAGAUCUUAGUGCACAUAAAAGCUUUUAAAGUGUAGGCGCUGUUUCAAAAUCAAAAGCUACUGUGUUAAGGCCCAUUCAUGCUGACGGAUGCAUUCAUCUCAAAUAAUGUAAUCGUCAGUGCCCCCGAUGUUUUCACUUGAACUAUUGGCCACACUGCCCUCUAUGAUUUCCCCUGUUUCGUAUGUAUCUGUACGCUUUCAGGAUGAAAUGAAGGCACAAACAGUUCAGUCUGUUUCCGUAUCUUACGUUGAGCAUAAAUGAGCCUUAACACGAUCUGGUUGAGGAAGACAGAGGCAGGUGUUGCAGAAUGAUGCUGUCCCUAAAAAUACCUUUUUGUUUGCCCCUCUAUCAUUGUCUUUUUCCCUCAGACACUGAAAAACGAGUGGUAUGUUGAUACAGUGCAAUGUGUUAAUAUAUAUUUGUGUAGCGUUGAUGUUAAACAUCUCUGGAGACUGAGAAAACUCAUUGUCAUAUUUUUUUUCUGAGAGGGGGAAAUUUAAAGAUCCCAUGAAGAAUUAUUGUGGCAUUAUUUUCUCCAUUGUUACUGGAAAAACACAGAAGGACGACUUUCAGAUACAGAGCUCGACUGCUGUGUUUUACAUAACUGUCGUCUACAAGUCGUUCUACUUCAGGUUAUGAUGUUGAGGUACAGAAUUUGAAGAAGUUACAGGAAGUAUAGAGUUACAAUCUCAAUCCACACUUCCAUUACUCAAAUCUCAUAACUCAUUUAUUCUUCCUCUUUCUUCCUCAUCUUCUGUUUCAUGGGGUCUUUAGGUUUCUAAAUGAAUUAACAAUGAUAAAGAGCCUGUUCUUUUCUGUUACGUUUAUCUCGUAUCUCUACACAUCAAAGAUGAAUUAAUGCACAUCCUUUAUAACUGGACUCUCUGUGUGUGUGUGUCUGUCUAUGUGUGUGUGUGUCAGCGUCUGUUGUUCUUUGUGUGUUGAGCUGUAUAAGAUUAUAUAAGUAAGAUUGCACUAAAACUGUACAAAGCUUCUCCGUCAGCUCAGUUUCUACCAUUGAGCCUCUGCUGAGAAAAGCAGGAAUCCUAUGAUGCGUCGCUGUGUAUGCUGAUGGUUCCAGCAGAAGCAAAUUCAUCCAAGUGAAAGCACGUGCAUGUGAGAGACCAAGGUGUGUGUGAACAGGAAUAGAACAUGAUGAUCAUCGUGACAUUAUUCCCAGACGAAUGGGACCGAACUGAAUUUGACAAAUUUAACUUUUCAUCUUUCUCAAAGUAGAGAAGUUACAUUGUCCAUCGAUACUCGAGUAAAUCUCCUUGUGGUGUUAAAUAAAUGAGGAAUUAGGGAGGACUCCAACAUCUGGACUGACUUUUUCUUUCACCUGACGACACGACAAGUGUUUGGCUUUAAGAGAGAGAUGAGAUGCCAGAGUUCACAAAUGUAGAUCAGAUCUCUUUCCCUUUAUAACUACAGUAAUAACCAAGAACGACACCAUCGCAGCUUAUUGUUUUUAAACCUUGACACAGGCGCCAGUUUUCUUUGCACGAUUAAGAUGCUCUUACAUUUGGACGCCUUGAAGUGUUUGAUCCUCUGGUGAGUUUAUUUCAAGGUAGAGAACAAUCUGAUAUUGAUAACUAAAGAUAACACGACAGAAAUCUUGGGUGUAGAUUAGAUCAGUUUAAGGUGAACGGGGGCCGUAUACGUAUUCCUCUAACCUAAUUCACAUUACUUUGACAGGUGGUUUCUGACUAGAUUUACUUCUUUAUUCUUGAACUCAAAAAUCCCUCGCUUCUUAGCAUUCUGUCCCUUUUUGGUUUUUCUCUUGAAAAGUGCCACAAAAUGAAUUGUUUUGUUUUUUGAUUUUGGGAUUGGUUAGACAAAGAGGUAAAUAGUUAUAUAAAUAUACAAUAAAAACCUUUUAGUGGUGUUUCUGGGACUUGUAAAUGAAAGGAUGAAAUUAUUACAGAUAAAAGUUACUUCCCACUCUUUCUGAUUCACUGUUAAAUAUGUUCCGCGUGAUUGAAACAAAUAGAAAUGAGGAAGCAUUUAUUGUCUUUACAUUGAAAGAGGCAGUGUACAUACUGUAACUGUGUAACAUAUUGUAUAUUCAUUAUGCCUGAUGUGUGUGUGUGAGUGAGUGUGGAGGGGGGUUUGUCUGCAGCGUGGGCUGUGUGUAAGUACAGAGUCGGGGUGUUGGUGGUUACUGACCAGCUGUGAUUUAAAACAAAUUUGACUAGAAAAUGAAAAUCUAUUUAUUUGAAGUAAGUUAGAAUCUGAACUAAUCAGUUUUAAAGUCAAAUUGAAGCAAGUGUUGGAUGGAAAUGAAGGAUUGUUGUUCAGAGAACUGAUUUGUCUGAGGGCGGCUUCACACAGAAGCUUUCUGAUUUUUUUCUUUCUUUCCUUGAGUAAUAAUUUCUCCCCUUCUCCUGAAUAAAACUGAUUGAGCAACUGAA